AUGCCGCGGGGACCCGCAGUGAGUCGGGGCGGGGCGCAAUUGCGGAGAGGAACAGGGGGACGAGGGGGCAGAGGAUGCGCGGAGAGUGGAUGGCGGGGGGGGGGAAGGAAGCAGGCGAGGGCGGGAGAGAUGCUUGCGUGGGAGGGGCAGGGGAAGGCAGGUGGGGUUAGCGGCAGCGGUGUGAUGGGGUUGGCAGCCCGGAGGGGAGAAGACGGCAGCAGAGCAGAGAAUGGCGCCACAGGAGGAAGAGCAGCGGGGCAGGCACCAGCGGGCGGGGCAGCAAGGGAGGAGGCUCUGGGGGAGGCAGGGGGGGCGCAUAGGGGCAGGUACGAGGGGAGGCGGCAGCGAGGAGAUGCUGGUGGCGUCGGCGGCGGUGCUGCUGUUGCAGGGGUGCAGGAGGCGAGACGGCGGCUGCUGGAUGCAUGCACUCACGCCCUUGUUGCUGAGUCACACGCGCUUGCUUGGAUGGUACCACAUCGCAUUGCUUGCUUGGAUGGUACCACAUCGCAUUGGUUGCGCUUCUUGCAUUGCUCCCUCCUCAUCAUCUCUCAUUGCCCUUUCUCAUCAUCUCUCAUUGCCCUUUCUCAUCAUCUCUCAUUGCCCUUUCUCAUCAUCUCUCAUUGCCCUUUCUCAUCAUCUCUCAUUGCCCUUUCUCAUCAUCUCUCAUUGCCCUUUCUCAUCAUCUCUCAUUGCCCUUUCUCAUCAUCUCUCAUUGCCCUUUCUCAUCAUCUCUCAUUGCCCUUUCUCAUCAUCUCUCAUUGCCCUUUCUCAUCAUCUCUCAUUGCCCUUUCUCAUCAUCUCUCAUUGCCCUUUCUCAUCAUCUCUCAUUGCCCUUUCUCAUCAUCUCUCAUUGCCCUUUCUCAUCAUCUUGCAUUGCCCUUUCUCAUCAUCUCUCAUUGCCCUUUCUCAUCAUCUCUCAUUGCCCUUUCUCAUCAUCUCUCAUUGCCAUUUCUCAUCAUCUCUCAUUGCCCUUUCUCAUCAUCUCUCAUUGCCCUUUCUCAUCAUCUUUCAUUGCCCUUUCUCAUCAUCUCUCAUUGCCCUUUCUCAUCAUCUCUCAUUGCCCUUUCUCAUCAUCUCUCAUUGCCCUUUCUCAUCAUCUCUCAUUGGCCUUUCUCAUCAUCUCUCAUUGCCCUUUCUCAUCAUCUCUCAUUGCCCUUUCUCAUCAUCUCUCAUUGCCCUUUCUCAUCAUCUCUCAUUGCCCUUUCUCAUCAUCUUUCAUUGCCCUUUCUCAUCAUCUCUCAGUGCCCUUUCUCAUCAUCUCUCAUUGCCCUUUCUCAUCAUCUCAUUGCCCUUUCUCAUCAUCUCUCAUUGCCCUUUCUCAUCAUCUCUCAUUGCCCUUUCUCAUCAUCUCGCAUUGCCCUUUCUCAUCAUCUCUCAUUGCCCUUUCUCAUCAUCUCGCAUUGCCCUUUCUCAUCAUCUCUCAUUGCCCUUUCUCAUCAUCUCUCAUUGCCCUUUCUCAUCAUCUCUCAUUGCCCUUUCUCAUCAUCUCUCAUUGCCCUUUCUCAUCAUCUCUCAUUGCCCUUUCUCAUCAUCUCUCAUUGCCCUUUCUCAUCAUCUUUCAUUGCCCUUUCUCAUCAUCUCUCAUUGCCCUUUCUCAUCAUCCCUCAUUGCCCUUUCUCAUCAUCUCUCAUUGCCCUUUCUCAUCAUCUCUCAUUGCCCUUUCUCAUCAUCUCUCAUUGCCCUUUCUCAUCAUCUCUCAUUGCCCUUUCUCAUCAUCUCUCAUUGCCCUUUCUCAUCAUCUCUCAUUGCCCUUUCUCAUCAUCUCGCAUUGCCCUUUCUCAUCAUCUCAUUGCCCUUUCUCAUCAUCUCUCGUUGCCCUUUCUCAUCAUCUCGCAUUGCCCUUUCUCAUCAUCUCUCAGUGCCCUUUCUCAUCAUCUCUCAUUGCCCUUUCUCAUCAUCUCUCAUUGCCCUUUCUCAUCAUCUCUCAUUGCCCUUUCUCAUCAUCUCUCAUUGCCCUUUCUCAUCAUCUCUCAUUGCCCUUUCUCAUCAACUCUCAUUGCCCUUUCUCAUCAUCUCACAUUGCCCUUUCUCAUCAUCUCGCAUUGCCCUUUCUCAUCAUCUCUCAUUGCCCUUUCUCAUCAUCUCUCAUUGCCCUUUCUCAUCAUCUCUCGUUGCCCUUUCUCAUCAUCUCUCAUUGCCCUUUCUCAUCAUCUCUCAUUGCCCUUUCUCAUCAUCUCUCAUUGCCCUUUCUCAUCAUCUCUCAUUGCCCUUUCUCAUCAUCUCUCAUUGCCCUUUCUCAUCAUCUCGCAUUGCCCUUUCUCAUCAUCUCUCAGUGCCCUUUCUCAUCAUCUCUCAUUGCCCUUUCUCAUCAUCUCUCAUUGCCCUUUCUCAUCAUCUCGCAUUGCCCUUUCUCAUCAUCUCUCAGUGCCCUUUCUCAUCAUCUCUCAUUGCCCUUUCUCAUCAUCUCUCAUUACCCUUUCUCAUCAUCUCUCAUUGCCUUUUCUCAUAAUCUCUCAUUGCCCUUUCUCAUCAUCUCUCAGUGCCCUUUCUCAUCAUCUCUCAUUGCCCUUUCUCAUCAUCUCUCAUUGCCCUUUCUCAUCAUCUCUCAGUGCCCUUUCUCAUCAUCUCUCAUUGCCCUUUCUCAUCAUCUCUCAUUGCCCUUUCUCAUCAUCUCUCAUUGCCCUUUCUCAUCAUCUCUCAUUGCCCUUUCUCAUCAUCUCUCAUUGCCCUUUCUCAUCAUCUCGCAUUGCCCUUUCUCAUCAUCUCGCAUUGCCCUUUCUCAUCAUCUCUCAUUGCCCUUUCUCAUCAUCUCGCAUUGCCCUUUCUCAUGAUCUCGCAUUGCCCUUUCUCAUCAUCUCUCAUUGCCCUUUCUCAUCAUCUCUCAUUGCCCUUUCUCAUCAUCUCUCAUUGCCCUUUCUCAUCAUCUCUCAUUGCCCUUUCUCAUCAUCUCUCAUUGCCCUUUCUCAUCAUCUCUCAUUGCCCUUUCUCAUCAUCUCGCAUUGCCCUUUCUCAUCAUCUCUCAUUGCCCUUUCUCAUCAUCUCUCAUUGCCCUUUCUCAUCAUCUCUCAUUGCCCUUUCUCAUCAUCUCUCAGUGCCCUUUCUCAUCAUCUCUCGUUGCCCUUUCUCAUCAUCUCUCAUUGCCCUUUCUCAUCAUCUCUCAUUGCCCUUUCUCAUCAUCUCUCAUUGCCCUUUCUCAUCAUCUCUCAUUGCCCUUUCUCAUCAUCUCUCAUUGCCCUUUCUCAUCAUCUCUCAUUGCCCUUUCUCAUCAUCUCUCAUUGCCCUUUCUCAUCAUCUCUCAUUGCCCUUUCUCAUCAUCUCUCAUUGCCCUUUCUCAUCAUCUCUCAUUGCCCUUUCUCAUCAUCUCUCAUUGCCCUUUCUCAUCAUCUCUCAUUGCCCUUUCUCAUCAUCUCUCAUUGCCCUUUCUCAUCAUCUCUCAUUGCCCUUUCUCAUCAUCUCUCAUUGCCCUUUCUCAUCAUCUCUCAUUGCCCUUUCUCAUCAUCUCUCAUUGCCCUUUCUCAUCAUCUCUCAUUGCCCUUUCUCAUCAUCUCUCAUUGCCCUUUCUCAUCAUCUCUCAUUGCCCUUUCUCAUCAUCUCUCAUUGCCCUUUCUCAUCAUCUCGCAUUGCCCUUUCUCAUCAUCUCCUUGA